AUGCUCUUUCUCUUUGUCCUUCUCUACUGCUAUUGCUGCUGUACUACCAUAGUCCUGGCCCGACCUGACAUUGUGGCGGUCCUUCCAGAUCGUUCGACGGCUUACCCGAACGGUGUCCACAAUGGGCUUCUCUUGACCGCCCGUCGCCUCGACAUUUCCAUGGAAAUUAUCGACGUGGGAAACUUUGAUCCACGCAUUUCGGCCAUGGUACUCUCAGAACUCAUACAACUCCCAACGUCUCAGCAACCCAAAGUCUACCUGAUAUGGCCCAUUGACUAUCCCAGUCGACUGUUGCUUCAAUUACUUUACGAGACACAUCAAGUACCCAUUAUCCAAAUGAAUCAACUACCCGGAGACGACUCCCAAUGGGAAUGGGACCAUUUGCUGGCAUAUGCCGGACCAGAUGAUGCCUUGCGGGCUUCCAAUGCAGGCAAAAUGAUGAUUCAAGCCAUGGCGGAGCGAGGAAUCCAACAGGCCAAUAUCGUUGCCCUGGGGUAUCCAGAAACCUACGGAGGCUAUCAUCUUUCCAUUACCGCCUUUGAAAAUGCCAUUCUUGACAACAAUAAUAAUCGAACGGAAAUCACACUCCUGCAAAAACUUCCAUUGGACUGGGGGACUCAGCCAGCCUAUGAAGCUGUGCUAUACUUGUUGGAUACUAUACCAACGGGACAACUCCAUGGAAUCUAUGCCAUGGAUGACAGUAUCCUCAUGGGCGCCUAUCAGGCCAUUCAGGAUCAUCCCUCGACACGAACUUCCAACAACAAAACUACUAUUACUCUGGUGGGAACCGUCUGCAAUGGAGCACGCGAACUGCUCGAAACCAAGGAACAGUACGGGACCACCGUGCAGAGUCCCUAUCUCGAGGGGAAUUUGGCGGUCCAUGCGGCAGCCGAAUACUUGAAGUAUGGCAUGCUCCAAGAACCAACAAUACGCCUUACUCCCAAUCCCAUUGUCACGGCAGACACGUGGCAGGACAUGUUUGUCGACUUUCAGGGACAAUCCUACACGGCCGAUGAUCUUUGCACUUGGUCGAUUGGACCCUACGAACGGGUGGCGGGGUUGGAACAGGUGGACGACGGGAUUGUACAAGACGUUUGUUCCAUUGUCAAGUGUUCCUACAUACCCAGUGCACUCCUCUACACGGGUCUGGCACUCUGUGGGAUCAACUAUCUCAUCGCUGCUGCUAGUGCCGUCUGUUUGUACAUUUAUCGAAACAAAGCUGUCAUUCGUUUGGCACAAUCCUUCUUCCUCAUGUUGGUCGUAUUCGGGUCCAUGGUGGACAAUACUUCCAUCAUAUUGAUGAGUCGCGAUAAUCACCCCGAUUCGGGAAACUCCAUUCAAUCCUUGGAUGCCUCGUGCCUGGCGUUUCCUUGGGUACUGGCACUAGGACACAUGAUGACCACUGCCACACUGGUGGCCAAAAUAUAUCGAGUCAAGAAAUUGAUUGGGAACACGGCCAAUCCACAGCAGAAUUUUCGAAAGGCCACGGUUUCCGUCGAAUCCGUGGCACUCUUCAUUGUGGCCUUUUUGUCAGUCGAUGUGGUUCUGCUGACGGCGUGGUCGAUUGUGGACCCGCUCAAGUGGCAAAUCGAGGUCAAAAACUACGAUGAAGAGGGGUACAUUGCAGAAGCACGGGGAGCAUGUGAUACAUCCAAACAAUAUUCCUUCUUGUUUCCCCUGUUCAUUGCCUUGUUUCAUUUGGCCACUCUGAUAUACGCCAAUUGGCUGGCCUACGACACCAGUGCCUAUCACAAAAUUAGCGAUUCCAAGAAUGUCGCAAUUGCACUCUUCAAUUCCAUUCAGCUUCUGGUCAUUGUCACUCCGCUGCUGAUCGUCGUUGAGAGCAGUGUGUCCACGUCUUAUUUUAUACGAGUUUGUUUUGUCUUCCUCAACAACUUUGGUGUGUUGAUGCUGGUGGUGGUCCCCAAAAUUUGGAAAUGCCUACAAGGAAAGGGCGACGACAUUCCCGACUUGCACAGCAUGAUUCAAGCCAACAACAACAAAAGGACCGGUGAGACCCGGAAUCGAAGGAUACGUGUUAGCGGGUUGGAUGAUAGUCAAUUGGAUCUGGAACAAUACAAACAGCGCGAAGGAGCAGUAAGCGAACAGGUUCAACGUAGCUACGAGAUUGUGUUCCGUGACGAAGACGAACACCCCAAGUCUGAACCCUUUAGUAUGCCAUGUGAUGCUGAUAGUGUCGAAACUGGUCCCACGCCCUUUUCGACGGAAAGCUACGAAACCGCUAUCACGCCGGUGGCGUCUGAAGAGACAACGAAGGCCACCAACUUGAAAAUUAUUAACGAAGACAAUGACGACGCCAAGUGCGAGUCCCGAGAGAUCAUCGAGGUAAAAGACAAAGUAGAAGAAGAAAAGCCAUUGGAAGCUGACCAAAAGACUGAUACAGCGACGAAUCCCGUCUUCGUUCAGGAGGACAAGGUUCAAUGCCAUGACAACUUCUUUCUAGGGGAAGAGCUGGCUGCCAUGCUUGGGUUGGGGAUGCAACAAUAG